UGUAGUGUUUUGUUUUUAUUUUAUUUAUUUAUUUAUUUUUUAAAUGUAUUAACACAUGCACACAACAUUGUAAGCUUUAUUACAGUUUUGUACAUCUUAUUCCUCAGACCAAAAACAGUAUGUAAUCAGAAAAAUAUACAAAUAGCAAUGCCGCCCUAUGGAAUGGAUUGAAACGAGUGCAACCAAAACACAGUCGGCUACUUUCACAGACAUGUAAUAUUAGACCACUGUACCUUGGAUAGUCUAACAUUACUGCUAAACAGGGUAAUCGGUCGCAGCCAAGUGUGAUAACUUCAAACUAAACCAGCACUGCUACACUGUACCGAUACUGCGGAUUGCAGUUCAAUCUGACAGCAAUUAAACCGCAGAAGUUAAUUCUCGCGGUAGUUGGCACAGUUCUCGCGAGUUUAGCUGUGUGUUGUUUCCUUGACAGCGAGAGAGAGCAAUGAGGUCUGAGGGGGAGGUGAUGACCGGGGGUAGGGAAAGAAAGAUAGUAGAAAUACAUUUUAGGGACCAAGACUCUAACCCAGCCAACAUCAAGCACAAAGAAGAGAAAAGAGAAGUCUUUACCAAGGUGGUUAUUCGACGCCUGCCUCCCAACCUAUCAAAGGAACAGCUUGAGGAGCAACUUAACCCUUUGCCUGCUUAUGACUACUUUGAGUUCUUCUCAGCUGAUCAAAGCCUUUAUCCACACCUUUUCUCAAGAGCUUACAUCAACUUUAAAAACCCUGAAGACAUAGUUCUCUUCAGAGACCGCUUUGAUGGAUAUGUAUUUAUAGAUCACAAGGGCCAGGAAUAUCCUGCUGUUGUGGAAUUUGCGCCAUUCCAAAAGGUAUCCAAAAAGAAGCUCAAAAAGAAAGAUACCAAAUCUGGCAGUAUUGAAGAAGAUCCUGAGUACAAAAAGUUUUUGGAGAGUUAUUGUGGGGAUGAAGAGAAGGCCACUGCCAAUCCUGAGACACUUCUUGGAGAGAUAGAGGCAAAGACCAGGGAACUUAUUGCUAAAAGAACUACACCACUUCUGGAAUACAUAAAAAAUAAGAAACUAGAAAAGCAGGUAGGAAGAAUCAGGGAGGAGAAGCGAGAAGAAAGAAGACGAAGGGAGCUGGAGAAAAAACGCAUGAGAGAGGAGGAGAAACGGAAACGCAGGGAAGAGGAACGGCGCAAAAGGAAGGAAAUUGAAAAGCAGAAGAAGCUAGCAGAGAAAGAAAUCAAGAUUAAGCUCCUUAAAAAGCCUUAUAAGGAUGAUGAGCAGGAUCUAGGCAAGCUGAAGGAAAAGGGAGACUGUGGAGACAUCGAAAAGGGGAAGUGGGAUAAAAACAUGAAAUCAAAACAGUUAGACACUGUAACCAAAGACCAAAAGGAGAAAGUGCAGACAGAGAUUGACAAAGAGCAGCGAGAGCAUGGGAGGAGGUUAAGAGAGAAGGACCCCGACAGGCCGAGAUGCCGUGAAGAUGAGCGCAAGAGACAGAGACACCACUACGAGUUUGACAAGUUCAUGAGACGAAAGGAAGAGACCAAGUGGGGGAAGGGAUACUGCCACGACAGGGCUAAGAAAGACAUCCAUAAUAGUUAUUCAUAUUGUCUGGAUGGUGACAAACUGGGAAAAGAAGACAGGGGUGAUGAUCUAAAAGACCGCAUCCGCAACAAGUCUGUGUUAGUGCAUCAAGAGAAAAGGACCUCCCAUUCAGAGGGUCGUGACGUGAUAGGAGGGGCUCUGCCAGCGAAGGACCGUCCGGCAAUGCAGCUCUACCAACCCGGAGCCCGCAGUAGAACACGCCUGGGAUCUGGUGGAAAAUCUUACGACAGCUCCAGCAAGUCUCCAGAUCGCAUUGUCGACAGGAGGUUUGAAGCUGCUACAGGAACUGGAUCAGAGAAGAGUGGGGAUGAGUAGCAUCCCAGCAGUUUCUGAGUAUUAAGGCACAAUUCUUUCAACAUCAUUUAGUGUAACCAUUGCUAAGAGUAUCACAUUCAAAUUUCAUUCGUUUUAUAUAGAGAGAAAAAUGUUAAAAAGACAAUACACACGUUGCAAUGAUCAAUGGAGCUACCUAUGGAAAAGUUGUUUUGACGAGUCUUCAGUGUUAUUUAUGAAGUUAGUGCCAGACUUCACUACCUGAUAGAACUUUUUUGUGCAUCAACUACUUUAUACAAUGCUAGGAAAUAAUACAGUGUUUAGUUUAAUUUGAAAUGUUUACUGGUGACGCACUUUACCUACCCACACAUUUAUUCCACCUGUCUCCUAAAGUAAAAUACCUCAUCAUUUGGUAUAAGAUGUUAUUAUUAAAUGUAUUUUCUGGUAUAUGUUUAUGAUAGUAGAAUAAUACUUUUACAUAAUAUGUUUGUAACUCUUAAGUUAUUCAUAUUUAUGAAAAAUGAUAUAUAGUUAAAAUUAGUUCUCUAUUUAAAAAAAAAAAUCUAUAUUUAAAGUUAUUGUCUUGUUGGCUGUAGUGCUUUAAUGUAUUGUACUACGUGUGCAUUGAGACAUGUUUCACUUUUACUAAUUGUUUUUAUUGUAAGUGGAAGUCUUUUUUUCCUUUUAUUUACAAUGAACUAGUUCUCAUUCAUUGUUCCUUACCAGUCACUGCCAGUUACGAAGUAUGAGAUUAAUAUUGCAACCUUUAAAUGUAUUUUUAAGGUUAUUAUGCAGGAGAUGCGGGUGUGUUAUGCUCCAGGACUCUCACAGACAGCAGUCUUAAACCUACCUAAGAACAAGGCUAAGCUAUGGCAGAAGAAUUGGUUUUUUUUUUGCUACAUAAUUUUAUAUUUAUAACAAAAUAAAAAAAUGAAAUCUUUUAGUUUUUUUCAGUUUAUGAAUAAUAACAAUAUAAAUAAAACACUUUAUUCUACAUUUCUUGCAACAGAUGAAAAACAGACAAUACAUAUAGAAAUGUUUUAUGUUUUAUUCACUUUUGUCUCCUUUAAGAAACAAAAAAAUAUAUAAGGUAAGAUAUGGUUCAGAAUAUAUUAUUAUCACACAAUAUUAUAUCUCUUGUUGGUUUUGGCCUGAUAACGCAUUUCUGGCUGUGCCACUUGUGCAUUACAGCCCCAAACCAACUCGAGACAUAUAUUACUGUGUGAUAAAAUACUCUGACCCCUGCAUUAUUCUAUUUAUAUUUUUUGCACGUACCUAUGUAUAUACAUAAAGAUUACAAGGAUAUUCCUUUUUCAAUAUAGUGUGCUUUUUCAAUAUAUUGUAGCGUGUUGUGAGGCAUGAGGCGUAACAUCAGUACAACCCAUGUCUUCAGGUGUGUUAUUGCACUUAUGAAAUGGUUUAACAUUAUUUUACAAACAAAACAAAAAAAAUCCGCUAGAUUUAAAAUUUAAAUGAUGGUUCAAUGAAUGUAUACAAUGCAAAAAAGUCCCUAUACUUUGGCUGUAGAGAGCUACUAAUUGACUAGAAAACGUAUUACUGCUGAACUUAUUGUUCAUUUACUUUGUAGAUAUGCAAAUGUGCUUACUUAUUUAUUUCAUAAUAUGCUGCAGCUUGAAUGUAUUGUUUUUCUGAAAAGGAAAAUUAAAAAAAGGAACAUAAAACUGCCGACUUGUAUGUUUUAUACACAUUGGAAUGUUUGAAAUUGCUGUUCCCCUACAAUAACCACACUCUACACCUUUACAUUUUAAAUGAAAAACUUUCAGAGUGGCAGUCUGGCUUGCUUACUUGCUGGGUGCCACUCAUAUCAAACACAAACAAAACUGCAUUUUAAUAUACACUGAUGUCUGCAAUUACUGUGCUGUUGUUUACCUGAAUACUUCAUAAAUGGACAACUAAAAUCUGAAACUAGUUAAUUUUUUCCUCACACACUCCCCUCUAGUUAAGGUCCAACACAACUACGCUCAACUCCGGUUUUAGAGACUUGUUCAGCUGUGUUCCAUAAAGCCUGAAGGCCGCUACACACCAGACGUGAUGCGAUUUUUCAUUGGACGACAAGAUACUUUCGCAGCGACAUAACCAUACAGACUUGAAGCGACACAGCCGCAAUGCGACAGACUGGAAAACUGCCAAAAAAGCUCCCGCUACAGAGGCAUGCAGCAUGGAGGAAUGGCCAUGUUUACUCAACACAAAUUUUAAAGGUAGAGUCAUCUUUUUCCAUGGAGCUGUAACAUUCUACUCUGUGGUCUUUAUAGAGUACAUCAAAGACAAUGGAAGCUAACAAGCACAUUCUAAAUAUAACUGGGCAUUUACAGUGUGCCUAUUGUAGUUACCAAUGUAUUAGCAAUGAAAACUUUCAAAUUCAUACCGGUACAUGUCAUCCAGAACACUGUGAAGAAAUUGAUAUAGGCAGGCUGGGUAAGGUUGUAAUUUAUCAGAGAAGUGCCAAACUGUUUCACUGCCAGGUGUGCUUUUUCACUGGCAAGACCUACACCAGUGUGUAUGAUCAUGUGAUCAUCAGCCACUCCCUCUCAGGGAAUCCCAACACUCUGCUAUCAAAAAAUAAGCUCAACGAAAAUGAGGAGUCGAAGGUACCGCUUAGUGGCAUCCAGGAAGAGUUUGUAAAAGAAGAGAAGAACAAGCCAGAAACGAGUGAAGACGUGGCUGAAAAUUCCAGUGAGAAAGUGAACGAUGCAGACCUGGAUAGCCUAUACACAACUCCGGCCAAGUUCACGCCACUUAAUAGCAUAAAGAGUGAUGAUCAGGAAUCAGGUGACAACGAUUCCAACAGUCUUGAUGUACCUAAAGAGAAAUCGGCUAAAAGAAAAAGGCUCCACGGGAGUUCAGAAGAUCAGCCAGUGGACUUUGAAGACUGUGACGACCGUGGUUAUUCUCCGAAUGGCAGUUCAUCUAGCUCGAAUAAACACCUCGAGCAAGAGGGAUCAAAGGGUGCUGCACAGGAUGAGGAAGCUGUGUUUCUUUCAAAGUAUGUCAAAUGCAAAGUAGGAAGGUACUACUGCAAAAUCUGCAACUGGAGAGGAAAAAUGAAAGGCUUUGUUCUGUAUCAUGUGAGCCGAAAACAUAAUAUUCCCAAACCCUACGCCUGCAAAGAAUGUGACAAGUCCUUUUUUCUGGAGAGCCUUCUUAAUAAUCACAUCCAUCUUCACCACAAACAGGGUUUGUACAAAUGCCCGUACUGUCCUUUCGAAUCGAACUUUCUUCGAGGUAUUAGGAAGCAUUUAAAACACUGUAGCUCCCAGCAUGGGGAGAGUGCUGACAAUGAACUCUGGGACAGUGAUGAGCAAAUGGAUGAUUAGGAUGAAGUCGGUUAGGUUACCACGGUUACCUCCAGAGGGUUUCCGGUCAUGUCUGUUUAUUUUGAUUACUGAGCCACGGGUCCGGUGCUUGUUUGUGGUUUUGCCUGUGUUGUGUUGUGUUGUGUUGUGUUCACAGAGAAACCAUCUCAAACUGAUCAAGACUCUGGUAUAUAGUAUAUACGACUCAACAAAGUGUUUCAUAGUCUUGUCACAACAACUUGAACAGUCCACAGCUUUUGCUGAAAGUCUACAAACAUGAAACCGGCAACAAUACCAAGCUAUUGAAUACAUCACAGAUGGGACUUUUUUUGUAAGAUGUAGGCUAUCUGGUAUGUUUAAUUCAUAUUUAUCCAGUGUAUGUGUGACAUAGAGAUAGAGAGAUACUACACCAGUAUACCCCACUCCCCUUAGUUAUUUAUUUUUGUCAACUUUUUUAUUUCUUUAUAUUCUCUUUUUGGUUAUUAUUUUUUUGUAAUUUAUGAACAUUUUAAUCCAAAUAACCAUUUACCAUGUGAUGCCAUGAUUUAUUAUUAUUAUUUUUUUUUAAAUAUCCAGUGCUCCUUAGGUAUAAAAUGUAUGGCAAAAUGAAUGAAUAGGAGAAUCAAAAAAAAAUAAUCAAAAUUAAAUUGUUACUAAAAAUGCAAUGUUUUACACAAUGUUUUUUUUCACAUUUAAAUUCACAUUUCACACUGCAUGUGCUCAAUAAAAUUAAUAUGUGGACAAUA